UAUACACACACAGACAUGUAUACACACAGAUACAUGUACAUACACAGAAAUACACAUGCACAGACACAUGUACAUACAUACACAGACACACACACACAGACACAUGUACACACACACAGACACAUGUACACACACGCAUACAUGUACACAGACGCAGACACAUGUACAGAUACACACAUGUACAUACACACAGACACAUGUACAUGCAUACACAGACAAACACAUACACCCCCCCCCAUAAAAAGUUGCAGUACUUCGUUGUUCACUCACAGAGCCGGGUACUGCACUCUAGGGGGAGGCAGAGAGCACACCACACACUCCUUCCUUUGUUUUCACUGCGCUCAGCUUUUGAGCAGUCUGAAGGCUCCCAGUGCCAAUGACAGAUCCAGCCUGAGCUCCAAGCCUGCUCAGCAAGACGGUCUUGGGGGACACACUCGCCCAGACCAUAAUUUCCACUCGCCAUAGGCGAGCAGGCGAGUAGAAAUUUCAAGCCUGUAAAGCAUGCUUGUUA